GUCCGCUGCUAGACCAGCCGUUGGUUGCCGUGAGGUGUGGGUCCGCUGUUAGACCUGGUAUUAUAGGGAGAUGAGGGUCCGCAUCCGCUAGACCAGGCGUUGGUUGUCGUGAGGUGUGGGUCCGCUGUUAGACCUAAUAUUACAGAUAGUUUCAGAAUGUCAAACCCAGUCGAACCCAGACUUCCUCCACCAGUGUGCGAAGAGUUUGUGUUUGGUGAAUGGACCUUAAGGGUCACAAAAAGUCACAUCAUGGGGUCCCAGUGUGAGUCACCUACACAGUGUGAGGAAAACACGGGGGUGAAUAAGCUGUGUAAUUGGUGCCGAUACGAAAAAUUGUUGACACUACCUUCCCUGCCAGACAUGGUGUUUGCCAACAACUGUCUGCAAAUUGAACAUAAGGAUGGGGGCAGCAUCUCAUUUAAUGCCUUUGAUGCUCUAGAGUGCGUUAAUGAUAGAGAGGACACAUUACAAGUGGCGCAUGCUGAAGUAUGGAAAGAAGCCAGAGCAGAUUGUGAGUUUGUUAAAAAGGUGGUGAAGCCUUACGAUUGGACUUACACUACAAAUUUUCGAGGAACACUCUCUGGAGGACUUAAGGCUGAGACCUCAACUGAACGCAUUGAUCUUGACAAAUUACGAGUACGUGAGGAAAUAAAGUUUUAUGAAGAAAUUUUCCUAUACGAAGACGAAUUGGAUGACAAUGGAAGCACGAGAUGUGUUGUAAAAGUGAGAGUGAUGCCCAGUGGAUUUUUUGUGGUAUUCCGACACUAUCUGCGUGUUGACCAAGUAAUUGUGAGGGUCAACGACACCAGACUGUACAGCCCUGUCGGCGCCUCAUAUAUACAGAGGGAAACCUCGUCAAGAGAGGCCCCAAUCUCAAAAUUACAUGUGGAUUCAUCAGUGUACAACAAUCCAGACCUGGUGUGGCAACACCUUCCUCUGGUCAAUGAGAAAAUUGACAAACUUGUCCUGGAGUCAUGAGAAACAGUCUCAUGAGUUUUUAAGACAAAUUCCCAUUUGUGGGGCAGUCCACAUAUUUAUGGUAGGUUGUCAAAGGAACCUUGCAGGCUAUGUGAAAAGUAAUUAUAAUAAGAUUGAAUCUGCAAAGGGGAGGUAUACUUUCAUCAUAACUUAAUAGACAAAGUAAAACGGUGUACAGAGAACCAUUUCUGUACUGUCCUUGUUCAUGGGCAAGGUGUCACUUUAUGUAAAGCAUGCCCAAUAAUUCUUAUGAAUUAUUUGGCACAUGUGAAACAAGAAAGAAAACAUUUUCAUGUAUGCUAAAUCUUCAGAAGACAAAGCUGUGUAGAAAUUUUUGAACACUUGGUAAUAGUGGCAAUAUAGGUGGUUUGAUGUCAUGUUUUCAGAGUAGCUUCAUGAUGUACAUGCACAAUUUUCUAAAAGCAGUCAGUGUUAGUACCCAAGAUUUAUUUUCCUAUAGAAAAGAAGGGUUUCUGUCUGAUCCUCCAUCACACUUGUGUGUUCGUAGCUUGGCUUGAAUUACAGGACAUUUAACUUUCCAUAUUGCUGCAACAGUUCUUGAUUUGCUCAGUGCUCUCACCGCUUUUCAUUUUCCAAGUUUGUCUACUCUUGCAUCCUCUCACUCAAAAUGAUCUGUAGUCAUUCUUUAGUAGGCCUAUUCACCUUGUUUUACUUUUUUGUUCUUUCAUUUUAUGUAUUUUCCACUGUCCUCUGCCAUUUGUUCCACACUGUGCAGUCUCAGUAGGGUUCCUCUGGUCAUCUCUUUAGUUAUUUCCUCUCCAUUUGAUCUCCCAACUUCAUGGAUUACACCUUUCUAAUACCAAAUAUACUUUUGUCAGCUCUCAAAUUUGGGUCACCUGCUCAUAGGGAGACAUCCAUAUAAAUGUAGUGGUUUCCAUACAUGCACAAAGUCUAGGGCUCAGUAGUAUUACAAAUUAAUGCACAUGCCAAAUGUAACUUUCAUUCUGGCCCCUUGCCCUUAAUUAAGGCACUUCUUGGUGUUACACCCCCCCCACUGUACUGUUUGGUUGCUUUUGCAAGUGCCGAAGUAUAAUUUAUCAUGUGUAUGUCGUGUGUGUGCAUGCGCUCUACAUCCUUUUCCUGUAUAUUUAAAAAAAAAUAUUUUUGGUAUUCAUUUCCUUUUACAAAUCUGCCUAGCAAAUAGCAUCACCUCUAAUAUAUCAAAGCUGGUUAUGUAUCUCUCGUUAGUAUGCUUUUCCUAGGCUAUGUCAUUCUGAGAAUUAUCAAUGUCCUGCCAUGUGACCUCCACAAUCCCUUUAAGUGGUAUUUUAAGUCCCCUUGCAACAUACAACAUUAAAAUUCUCGACAUGGUAUAGAGAUGUUUGUGCAUUGCCAUAUUGGUGUAACAUCUGGUUCAUGUUUAACAAGAGUCAAAUUGAUGACUUGCCAAUAAAGUCUUAACUUUUCCUGGUUUGGCCUUGAUAUAAAGCACUAAUAAGUUGAGCAAGCUUCUUGAUUAAAAUAUAAUUUUAUGUAUUUGAAGACUCAUACAAUCUGGAAGGAAUUGCAAUGUCUUGCACAGGAAGUUUGUAGGCAAGUUAUAUUUUUUUGCUGCAGUUAUGCAUUAUAAAGGAAACUGGGCUUCCUGUGUUUUUAAAUAUAAAAAGAUUUAAUUAACAAAAUGAGGCAUCAAGCUGGAAAGAUAUUCAAAAGGUCCUAAAUAUCACUGAAGAUGCCAAUACAAGAGCAAAAAGAGAUGCGGCAUCAAAUUCACCAAGGAUUCAAUCUAGGAACGUUGGGAAAAGAAAACUUACAGAACUAAGUGGGAGGUCAAAAUGCAUAGACAAAUGGUCUCAUUGAUACAGGAUGGUAUUUGAAGAAAUGCACGAUAACACUUCAUUUGAUAGCCCCCCUUAAUAUUCCAUAUGUGGCUUAAAAGGAUGUUACUGCCAAUACUGUUUUUCCUUAAAGACCAUUAAAUGUCCUUGGAUACCAAACUAAGUAAUACAAAAAUUCAAAUUAGGCACAAAAUAUGAUUUAUAGCACAACCUAUUUUCUGUCAUCUAAGGUGGUGCUGCCCUCCCUGUGGUGUAAACCAAGGAAGGAAAUAUUUACUCUGACCAUUUUAUGGUCAAGGCUAAACAGACAAUUGCCAAAGAAAAAUUUAGUUAUAACAUUUAUUAUUAUUGGGGUUCAUAAACUAUCAAUGCAUUUGAUACAAAAGUUUACAACAAUUUUGUACAAAAAUAGCAACAUCUUGACCAAUGUACUACUUUGCCAUAUACUUCCUAGGCACACAGUCACUGCCAAUCUGAGAUUCAUAACAAUGAUGCAUAUUCAUACCUAGAGUAUCACUAAAUAACUGUGCAGUUGGGUGGACCAGCCCCAAAGUCUCAUGGCAACCUUUUAAUUGUACAAAGGAACAGUCAGGUUCAUCAGCAAAACAACAUUACUAGCCAAAAGUAAAAUUUUAAAUAUUUUUUUAUGAAAAUUUUAAAAAGUAAAAAAAUUAAUUAUACCCAAAACCUUAAAGCAAGGCUUCAAACCGAGGAAAACAAACAAUUGCAGGUUGUACAUUUAAAUACAGCAAAAUAAAAAAAAAUGGAAAAAUAUAUAUAAAAAAAAAAAAAAGCAAGCUGAAGUUAAGAGUACAGCCUAAUUACAAAUUUUAGAUGUGUAAACUUAAAUUUAUCUUGUCACAAAGUCCUUUCAAACCUCAUGUCCAGUCCUCAACUAGUGCAUAAACUAUCUUUCACAAAUAUGAAAAUAUUUAAGAAAAUUGUCAGUUUUCUACAUUUUUAGUACGGUAAAUACAAAUAUGCAAAUCUCUAUCUUAAAACGUAAUUCCUGAAAUGCAGAUCUUUACUAAAUGGAAAUACAGCAGACACCAGCCCAGAUAGAUAUUCCUACAAACACCACAAUCUUAUAUACAACAACUUAAUGAACUGACAUGAAUACUGGUGGUACCAGUAAUAAGUAUAGUGUUAGCAAAAUAACCAAGUGAUCCUGUGAAAUGUUCUUUGAUGCUAAUAUUUUUUCUAUUAUCCUUGAAGCUUUUUAAGACUAAUUUAACAAUUUUAAAACUAUCUGGCAUAUAAUAAAGAAAACUAAUUUCAAUUCUGAAGUUCUAUUUCAAAAUAAAAUUAUGGUGACAGUAGUGCACAUCUUAAUAUUUUUGCCCAAAACAUAAGGUUAACAAUGAGAUUUAAGACACUCCAUUCUUACUGAAAAUGUUAAAAUUAUUAUAUAAGCCGCAAUGCGAGUGAAAUGCCAAAUUUCAGUCAUUUAACCAAUUGUUAUGACCUUCCUAGGAAUAAAAUGACACUUUAGUUGACUGAUAUUACAGUUUAGUUGACUAUAUGGUCAACUAGCAGUAAUCCUGAUGCACAUUAUAGUAAGAUAUAUACAAUGAAGUCCACAAGCUUUGUGCACACACAAUACCCAAGGUCACUAUAUAAUUUAUAAUCAGUAUAUGGAAUGCUUUCUACCAAUAUUGGCAGUUUAUUUAAGUACCAACAACCUGGCAAUGUUAUACUCUCACAACAGUCACCAUCUUUGCAGCAAUCACCAUGAAUGCUUCACCCACACAAUGGCAUCUCGCCAACUAGCAAGAACAGCACCCUGACUGUACAAGUCUAGUAAAAGGCUGCAGUACAAGAGCACAAUUUCAAGUGCCAUGUUAGCAACAGCUGAGCCAAAAUGUGUUAAAAAAGGCAAUGCCAUUAACUACAUGAAGGUUUAAAUUACUUUACCCCAAACUGUACAUUACACAAAAAAAAUUUCCUUGAAAACAAUCAAUAAUUUGUUAAAUACCUCAAAACUCUCAAUGACAAAGCUAUGUUUAUUCAUUCACAUCACCUACCUUCCUGAAGAGGGACUUUCAGCCUUCUCCCCAGUAGUGACUCGAUACCUUUGCUAACCUGGCCUGGAAGAAAAACUAAUAUGGCACACUGUACCAAACAGUACACUAUAAACUAAAAAUAUUUAUCCUAAAGUAAAAAACAAAACAAAAACUUUAAAAUUAGCAAACUACAAAUUAAAUCUUUACUAACAAGGUAUCUUAGAUAGCCUGUGCAUAGAGAUUCCAAAUGGCUGUCUGGCUAAUCUCCCUAGACUUGGCCAUGCUGGGUUGGUUAGACUAGUGCUCAACACAUUUACAUUUAACAAGGUUCAUCAUAUAUUAACCAAAAUAAACUAUGAACUCCUAACAAUAACAGCAGAAAAGUGAGAUUCAGUUUAAUAACCAAUAUGGACUAAUUAAAAAUUUAACUUCCCCCCCCCUUAAGAUAAGCACAACAAAAUAAGCAUGCAAUGUUAAAUUGAUUGAUUGUAUACUGUACUUGUAAUUACAUUGCCAAAUGUACAAAUUUGUACUGCUCAGAGUUAAAGUGUUUAUCAAUUU